UUGAAUAGAAAUUCAUCCAGUAACGACAUCAGCCGUCUAUCAAAUAAAUAUUUCAACGAAAAGUCAUAUUAAGGCGAAAACUCAACGCAUCAAGUUUCACUAGAAGAGACUACUGUUUGAUUACACAACACAACUGUUCACGCUAUAAUAAAGAAAGAAGAUUUUUUUGGAGAAAGAAUUAAAUAUUCCUGACCAUGUCUUACAAGGUAACAAUGGUGUUUAUCAAGCCGCUAUAUUUGAUCUUCAACGCUAUCAUAUUGGUGGUAUUGAUGAUCAAUGUCACUAAAGGGAACGCCGUGCAGAACUGCUCGAAUAUAAGUGCAAACAGCUGUCCUGCUGUCGUAAAGCCGAGAAUUAAUUGCAACUGUUUAUUUGAUUCCAAGUGUUAUUUGAUGGUGAAAUGUCGGCUGAAAAAAAUUUCAGACUUGGAAGACUCGUAUGACAACAUCUUGGUUUACUCCCUAGAUCUKUCGAGGAACAGUCUUAAAGCCUUGCAAGAUAAAAGUUUCACAGGCUUUGAAGCAGUCUCAGUUCUAAAACUGUCCUACAACAACAUAAAAUACAUCCAGAAAGGUGUGUUUCAGGGAUUAAACAGUCUAACAAUACUGGACUUAAGUUUUAAUCAGUUACACAAAUGGGAUUCCAUUGACAUCGCAAAGCAACUGCCUUCACUUACUGAACUCGACGUUACUGGUAACACAAGAUGGAUGCCAACAAGACACGUGACAAGUCUUCCUAGCAUUACRGCUAUCAAGGGCGUGGUGUCUCACACUAUUCGGUAUACCGAUGAUUGUGUGUUCUGCGACUUAUUAAGGCCCAAGACGAGAGAGUGCACUCUCAAUGAAACCUCAGUCCAACAGGAAUGUUUAAAAAUAACGUUUUAUUUCAAUGACAACUUCUCUGAUUGGGGACUGAAGAACUUUACAAUGAAAUGCCGAAAGGAUAGCCAUGAGAAUAGAAUCUGUAAAGAUCAACAUCUGCCAACUAUAAAAAACACRCGGUACUCGAUCAGUACUGCUGAUAUGUGUUGGUCUUCUAUYAUAAAAUGGACAACAAUGAACAUUCCCAUUUCUUUGUUCGCAAUCAUCAUCAACGCGGUUGUCAUAGUGACUAUUUUUUCAAGUCGAAUUCUCAAGAAAAACGUCACCUUGUUUCUUGUUGGGAACAUUGCUCUUGGAGACUUCUGCCAAGGUUUAUAUCUUUUCAUAUUGACUUUAACUCGUCGYACAAUGUCGAGUUUUCAGUUUUACGAGUUCAAGAACCCUUAUUUUUGUUUCCUUUUAAUAGUACUGUACCUUUCAGCGCACAYUCUUAGCGUCCUCGUGUGUUUUCUUGUAGCAGUUGAGCGAUAUCUCUGUGUUGUGUAUAGCACCAAACCAAGYGUGCAUAUAAMUUCAAGGGCUGCUAAGAUGCUUCUAGCAAUUGUAUGGCUCCUAAUAUCYGGCGCUAUUGCAUUUCCUUACAUCWUACACACGAAGAUUUCARGAUUUACUGACUAUACUUGUGUUUUUAUAGAAUUCGAAGUCCGAAGAAACACAAAACACAACUUUGUUGGAUAUCUUGGAGCAGUCGGAAUCAUACUCUAUGCAAUCUCUUUUGCCCUUUAUUCUCAUGUUUUUUACACCGUGCGAAAAUCAAGCACAAAUAUGGGGAUACAAAGGGAGGGAAGACUAGCAAAGAAAAUUAUGAUCAUGAUAGCCACAAACUUAUUUUUCUUUCUAACCCCGGUUAUCGUAUCGUACACAGAAGAAUCGGGCUUUACUAACUUUCUCAAAAAAGAUAUCAUUAACUUGUACGUUUAUUUAAACACUUUCGCGUUUCUGUGUUUCGUUUUGAAUUCCUGUCUCAAUCCAUUUCUUUAUGCCUUUUGGARUGAGAAGUUUAUAUCGGAGUUAAAAAGGAUGCUUGGGGUUAGGUUAAUAAAUGUUGUUGCGGUGGGUGAUACCCCAAAAGAUCAUCACAGCAGAAACACAAAUGAUGUACAGAAAUUCUCCCAGUAUCAACUGCAGUUUAAGAAAGCAAAACUUAUUGAAGUAGGUCCUAGCGCUACCUGAGGAAGAUACCUGUCCACCUAGGGAUAUCAAAACCGCGACCAAAACCGGACAACAGAUCUUGAUUCCUCAUGAAACAUCUUUUUUUGAGGACGUUAUUCCUUCACAAGCUUUGUCUUC